CCUUUAUAAACCCAAAGGCCCCCCAACCUUUUUGCACACAUCUCUUUGGAGAAACACAAACAACACCCUCUUUCCCAAACCAUGUCAUCAACCAUGUCCCUAACCAUCUUCACUCUCCUCCUCCUCUCCUUCACCCUCUCAUCCUGUGCCUCAGGCGUCGGCUCUCGAAGCGAGGCCGAGGUCAAACAAAUCUACCAAGAAUGGCUUGUGAAGCACCAGAAAACCUACAACGGGAUUGGAGAGGAAGAAAGGAGGUUCGAGAUCUUCAAGGACAACUUGAGGUUCAUCGAUGAGCACAAUGCCCAGGAACGUCCCUACAAGGUUGGCCUCAACGCUUUUGCUGACCUGACCAACCAAGAGUACCGUGCCAAGUUUCUGGGCACCAGAAGUGACCCUAAGCGUAGGGUCAUGAAGGCCAAGAACCCUAGCCAAAGGUAUGCCUUUCGUGCCGGUGAGGCGUUGCCUUCAUCUGUGGAUUGGAGGGUCAAGGGCGCCGUCAACCCCAUCAAAAAUCAAGGAAAUUGCGGAAGUUGCUGGGCUUUUUCGACAGUGGCGGCCGUGGAAGGCAUAAACCAAAUAGUCACAGGCGAAUUGGUCUCUCUUUCAGAGCAAGAGCUUGUUGACUGUGACCGGUCGUACAACGCAGGCUGCAACGGAGGCCUCAUGGACUAUGCCUUUGAGUUCAUCAUCCAAAACGGUGGCAUGGACACCGAAAAAGACUACCCUUACAAAGCGUACGACCAACAAUGUAACGUUGCUCUGGAGAACAAUAAGGUUGUUAGCAUCGAUGGAUACGAAGAUGUUCCCGCUUACAAUGAGAACGCUUUGAAGAAAGCCGUGGCACAUCAGCCCGUUAGCGUUGCUAUUGAAGCUGGUGGCAUGGCUCUACAACUCUACCAGUCGGGUGUGUUUACUGGUGAAUGUGGGACAGCUUUGGACCAUGGUGUGGUUGCUGUUGGGUAUGGCACAGAGAAUGGAACAGACUAUUGGCUUGUGAGGAACUCAUGGGGCACCAAUUGGGGUGAGAGUGGAUAUUUUAAGAUGGAGAGAAACGUGGCUACCACAUACACUGGCAAGUGUGGGAUUGCAAUGGAGGCUUCUUACCCAACAAAGAAGGACCAAAAGUACCCAACAAGCUCUUUCCUUGCUGAAGAAGACAUCAAAAUGGUCACAAGUGCUUGAAAAUGGUGAUGGGGUCUUUGGAUAAAUUGUGGGGUAUGCAUGCCCGAUGUUUCUUUUUGUGGUGUAUGUUGACAAAAAGGAUGACGAGGCUAUUGUUAUUUAUUAGGGUAAACCAUUGUUUGUAAAUAGUUUGAUUUAUGUACUGAAAUUGCACUGGAAAACUGAUAAGG